UGCCCACUGUUUCGCAUACUAACGCUACGUGUUGCUCGUUAACGUUAAAUCGUUGUCCGCGAGACGCGCCGAUCCCAACGAACCAGCGCGCAGCUAACGGCCGAGAAUAGACCCCUCUCCCCCCGGCUUAGCAUCCGCGAUGUAGCUCCGCCUAAACACAACCCCCCCCCGGCUUCCAGCGGUCGCCCCCGCUGCCUCCGAUGUCAACCGGACAACGGGGCGGCGGCCGGCGCCGCUUUGUUCCGAGCCGCCUCCGGUGAUCUAUUUCUGGGAGGCACGAGCGCGGGUUCUCGGAACACCGACACUGGCCGGCGGCCGCCAUUGGUCGCUGUCACUUUGGUUGGAGGAUGCAUCGCGCUGACAACGCGCCCUUUCACGUCCAGCUGCGACGUUCUGCACACAUUGAUUCCGUUAUGAUGGUGUCUCAGUUAGAAUGUAGGGCGAUGGGACGUGGUUGCUUCUCUUUUUUUUAUGUGCUGCUUUUCCUAACCUUGCUAAAUGCAACUUUUAAAAAGGAAAUUCCCCAAUUGGAGCGAUGUUAUGAACGAUGAGGCAGAAACAGACGUUCCUCCAUGGAAGGAAGUCUUGCUUAAUUCCUGUUUGACUUGUGCCUACAGGUCCAGAGAUCAUUCAGCCCAACAGCCUGCAGGAAUCAUGGGGAGCGUGUUCCUGCCGGCGGACGCGGCCCACUCGGUGCUGCGGCGGCUGCGCAGGGCCAACUUCUUGCUGGAGGAAAUUAAGCAGGGCAGCAUUCAGAGGGAGUGCCGCGAGGAGGUCUGCACCUACGAGGAGGCUCGCGAGGCCUUCGAGAACGACGAGAAGACGAGACGGUUCUGGGAAGAAUACGUGCGGGAGAGCAGUCCGUCCGGAGGGCUGGAGACGGUGGUGGGAGGAGUCCACUCGCUCUACUUGAUCGUGCCGCUGCUGCUGGUCGUGCUCGUCAUCGUCGCGGUGGCCAUCACGGUGUGGCGCUGCCACUCCCGCAAGCGCUCGCAGCGCAGCCCCAGCCUGGGCCACUCGCAUCACGACCACGUCCUCUCUGUGGUCUCCAUGGACCAUUGGGGGAGGGAUUACCACCACGGUGACCAAUCAGAACUCAGCGUCCACAGCAGCCCAGCGUAUCCGGGCUCAGAGCUCACAUCGGGGAGAGGGAGCGCCGGAGACCCGCCGCCAUCUUACGAGGAGGCCGUGGGCCAUUCAGACGUCCAGAUAGAGACAGAGCCGCCGCCACAGUAUGAGGAUAUAGUCAACACCAAUGCCUCAAGUGUCAACGGUGGUCACGGGAAGUAAACAUCGGCCUCACCAAUACCACCACCACCCUAACAAAAGCCCUGAGCAACACUAAGACCAUCUGAUUAUUUAGCAGUGUCACUAUUGUGGUAUCACCAGCCCGCCGCCUUCAACACAGGAACACUUGUAACUUGUCAGUGGGCCGAUGCAAUCUCUACCCAGCCCUUUUGAAACGUUUCAUCAAUGAGGUGAGUCGAUAGCAGGAAGGAUAUUGCAAUACCACAACCAACCAACUGUGCUGAUCUUCCUCAAGUUGCAUUUAUGCUGUCACACUGUAGCAAAUCGUUUAACUCAUCAUGCAUAACAAGGUUCCUUGUGACGUGAAGAAAGUGUUGUGAUUGCCACAGUGAAGGACGAAGGGUGGAUAUGGGUGUUGGAUCAAUUCUUUAUUGUCAUUAUUUUGACCUGCAGCAGAUAUUUUGCAACUAUUUAAAAGGAAUGUAUUCAAGUGGAUCUAUUUGUUGUCACAAAAUAGUUAUUGUGUUUAGUGCAUAUUUUGCAAGAAUAUUGUUUUGCGAGAUGCAGAAACGGCAUUUAAAAAACACCAAUUUUAAGGAAACCCAUACAUAUUCAAAUGUAAUUAAUGAAUUGUUGAAGAGAAAACCGUGCUAAUGUCAUUUAAAGCCUCAAACUCUGCUGCUGAUGCUUCAAGUCUCCUUCUGAAAUAUGGAGCACUGACAUGUCAGCGAAAGACAAAAAUGGAAACGCAAGUGCAAGCUCGGCAGUUUGUAGUUUUAUUUGAAUUGGACUGGAGUGUGAGCCAGCUUGUUGCAAGGCAGCGAAUCCGUGGAGACUGCUGCUGCUGCUGCUGCUGCUGCUGUUGUUGUUGUGCGGGUGCUGUGACGCUUGGCCCACAGGGGAAGAAUGCCAUAAAGAGCAGCACCUGUUGCUCCCCCCCAUAUUCAGAUUUCAGUACUUCUCGCUCAGAGGGACCUGGACUUGAUAACAAAACACAGCCGGAUCAAGCGGAAGGUAAAGAAACCUGUUUUAUUAUUGCAAAUAUACAAUUUACACCAAUGAUAAUAACCUCAGCGUGUCAUUGACUGCGCCAACGCGUCGUUGUCCCUCAUUACUGGAUCCUUUUCCCGCGUGCACUGUAUUUUCAUCCCACCAGCUAACACGAGCCCCAACUUUGGUUUGGUGAGCAACUAAUGUCUUUUAGCUUGUGAAAUACGAAAGAAUAAUUCAUUUACUUUUUGUGGUUUAGUGCACAGUGUUAUUGCGGCUUGUGGACUGUAAAUACUAAAUAUAAUUUAACGCAAAUGGUUUAAAAUAUGGGGGACAAAGGGAGCAUUGAGAGCCAGGCAUUUAGUAAAGCGGAACCAAAACAGUCAAAACUGUGUCAGGCUGCAACUUUUGGGUGUUGAUUGACUUUUCCACAUCACAAUCUGUCAUUUUAGUCAUUGUUUAUACUAAUAAUAUCACGUAAUGCAGGUUUAAAUUGUCAAGUUGCCAAACGAAUGCAUCGGUCCGACUUCUGUAUACUCUUGUGGAUGUUUUUAAUAUUUGACCAGCAGUAAAGUGUGGUGGUGGGGGUAAGGACGUGUGUGCUUAGUGUAUAUGUGUGCUUAUAUUUUGGUGAUGCAUGUAGCUUCGUCUGGCUCUGCACUGUUUGCUGAUGGUCGGCGCGUCUCCUACUCUGGGCUGUGGAUGGUUGCUUUGACUGUGAAAAUCUUUUUCCUCAAUGCAAGCGUGACCACAAUGGAAACGAAGACAGAGGCUUCUGCUGUUCCACUUUCACUAAAAGCACACUGAUAAAUCUUUAGAUAUACAUGUAAGUUGCGGAGUGACUUGCACACGCAUGUGGGACAGCGAGCCAUAUGACCACAAGCUCUGAGGGGGGUGGGAGGGGGGGAUGCAUCUAUGGGGAGAGAUUCUGUAUUUAAUAACACUACGGGAAGAGUUCACAUUUAGCAUGUCGUACGUACCUAUAUAUAAAUAUGUAUAGUCCUUACAUGUGGAAGUGGAGAUAGGAAUGCAGCACUGCUAACGGUGUGACUAGUAUACAGUAGGAUGUGGUUACAUUGAAGCACUGUUGUUUCAGCUCAAAAUGGGCUGUUUGGUGAAAAAUAGGACAGUCCGGGUUGACGUCUUCAGCGUCCCACUCGCCAUUACGAUGGCGACGGGGGGAAAAAAGUGCUCGUGCUCUAUAUGCAAUUCUCCUGCAUACAUUCUGAAAACCAAAAAUAUCUGUCUAACGUUCAGAUACUGAUGAGUGUCACAUUUUGUCAGCUCACCGGGGAGCACUGAUUAUUAUUCUUUGUGAGUUGACCUGUGAACCUCAGCACUAUGACCUUUGAACUGCGCUGUGCUGGUUGGGGGGGAGGGCUAGGUCAGCUGAUGUACUUAUUUUUAGUUUUUUACAAUGCCUUAUUAAAACAACUAAAUGUUAUAUAACACUAAAUGCAAAGAUAACUUGUUAUAAAUCCUUUAUGUGUGGAAUGUUGAAUUCAUUUGUAAUAAAAUGUGCUAAACGUCACCUUGAUUUCAUUCGGUGUCUUGUGAUUGGAGUGUGAUGUGCGUUUUUAUUCUUCCACUUGUCUGUUCAUUGCUUAACGUUGAAGGGCAACACGGUGACAGUUUAGGCCGUAAAAAUACAUCUCAAUUAUUAAAACACGAUGACUCACUU